AGAGGAGGGCCUCUGGACAUCAAAGGUUCCUUUUGUCCCCUUCCGAGUGGCAGGGCAGCCAGGCCGCUGGCGAUGACUCAGGCCUGGCCCUGACGUCACCCACGCCCGGCCACUGGCCUCCCUCUGCAGCCAGGAAACUGGCUGGGGAGUGGCACUCGCAGCUGCAGCAAAUCUCAAAAUAAGGAGGCAACUGCUUCUCUCCUCCUCCUCUCCAUCUCCCCACAGCACACCUUUCUUUUCUUCUUCUUCUUCUUCUUUUUUUUUUUUUAGCCUCAUGGAGGGUUUUGCUUGUAGAUCAACUUUCAAAAUGUAGGAAGUCAGAAUGGGUGACAUCAUCAGAAAAAUAUGUGGAGCUGAUCUCAACAAGAAGUGAAGAACCCAGAGCAAGAAAGCGGUUAUAACUCCUGAGCCCAGGGAGCUGGCAACGUCUGGGUUUCGGAGGAGCCAGCGUCUCUGAGUUGUCUUGAAGUGAGACUCUGCUGAAUUUCUGCUCUUCUGGCUUUAAGAUCUGAAUGCUGGGACCACUGAUUUGUUGAACCAAGACUCUGAGGCUGAUAUGCAAUGUCACUUACAACAUUAAUCAGAUACUGCAUUUAAGUGCUGGUAUCAGUGGUUUGAUUUUCAGUAAAUGUGACAGUGGCCUUUGCAGUGGUCAGCUCCGGGCUUUGAACUCUCAGAGGAGGAAGGGAAAAAAAUUCGGCACACCACCUCCUUGGUUGCAGCCUCAGAGAAACCUUGGAUGAGAAACUUCUUUUUUUCAAUCCUGUUUUCCUGUUGAUAAAUUCAGUUCUCGUGAUCACAGUACAUUCAAGCUGUUCUGCGUAUGAUUUUUUGUGUGUGUGUGACAAUUGCAUCUAAAACUUGUGAGCAAGAAGACGGAGAAAUCAGUUGGUCUCCAUCGCUUUACAUAAAAAUGGCUGAGUGUCUUGUCAUGCUAGCACUGCAUUAAGUGAUACAUACAGAUCUUGAUGUGGAGAAGAUGGAGGACUCAGGACCAAGAAUUGCCAAGUGAUUUCUUCCAAAGCACAAGAAACUGUUAGUGCUGGUGUGGUCUAACUGAGAUGACAGUCAUGUCCCUUUCCAGGGACCUCAAGGAUGACUUGCACAGUGACACAGUGCUCUCCAUCUUAAAUGAGCAGCGCAUUCGGGGCAUUUUAUGUGAUGUCACUAUUAUUGUGGAAGACACCAAAUUUAAAGCCCACAGCAAUGUCCUAGCUGCUUCAAGCCUGUACUUCAAAAAUAUCUUUUGGAGCCAUACGAUCUGUAUUUCCAGCCAUGUCCUGGAACUGGAUGAUCUCAAAGCUGAAGUGUUUACUGAAAUCCUUAAUUAUAUCUAUAGCUCCACGGUUGUCGUCAAGAGACAGGAAACAGUCACCGAUCUUGCAGCUGCAGGAAAAAAGCUGGGAAUAUCCUUCCUGGAAGAUCUUACUGAUCGCAACUUCUCAAAUUCCCCUGGUCCCUAUGUAUUCUGCAUUACUGAAAAGGGAGUGGUUAAAGAAGAAAAAAAUGAUAAGAGGCAUGAAGAGCCCGCCAUCACCAAUGGGCCGAGGAUCACCAAUGCAUUUUCCAUCAUCGAGACAGAAAAUAGUAAUAACAUGUUUUCUCCACUGGACUUGCGGGCAAGUUUCAAAAAGGUCUCUGACUCCAUGAGAACCACAGGCCUCUGCCUGGAGAGGACCGACGUGUGUCAUGAGGCAGAGCCUGUCCGCACCCUCGCAGAGCACUCGUAUGCCGUUUCUUCCGUGGCCGAGGCCUACAGAAAUCAACCUGUCCGUGAACACGACAGCAGUUCCCCUGGUAAGACAGGUAAAGAGAAUUGUGAAGCUCUUGCAGCAAAACCGAAAACGUGCCGAAAGCCAAAGACCGUCUCCGUACCCCAGGACUGUGACCCAGCUGCAGACAACAUGCCACCCCCUCCGGUAACCAGCUUAGAGGUUCGUCAGGAGAGAAGUCCACAGCCGGCUGCCAUCCUGCCUUGUUCAAAAUCUCCCAGCAACGAAGGAGAUGCCCGUUUUUCCAAGGAAGAUGAAAAUAAAUCCUCGGAGCUUCCUGGGCCGCCCGCAGCAGAGGUCCCCCCUCUUGUGUACAACUGUAGCUGUUGUUCCAAAUCCUUUGACAGUAGUGCCCUGCUCAGUGCCCACAUGCAGCUUCACAAGCCAACCCAGGAGCCGCUGGUGUGCAAGGACUGCAACAAGCAGUUCAGCACUCUGAACAGGCUCGACCGGCACGAGCAGAUUUGUAUGCGCUCCAGCCACAUGCCGAUUCCUGGAGGAAACCAGCGCUUUCUGGAAAACUACCCCACUAUUGGACAGAAUGGAAGUUCAUUCACCGGACCAGAACCUCUGUUGUCUGAAAACAGGAUCGGCGAAUUUUCCAGUACCGGCAGCACCUUGCCAGAGACAGACCACAUGGUUAAAUUUGUGAAUGGGCAGAUGCUCUACAGCUGUGUUGUGUGCAAACGGAGUUAUGUGACGUUGUCCAGCCUCCGAAGGCAUGCAAAUGUUCACUCGUGGAGAAGAACCUAUCCCUGCCAUUACUGCAACAAAGUGUUUGCAUUGGCCGAGUACAGGACAAGACAUGAAAUUUGGCACACAGGAGAAAGGCGCUAUCAGUGCAUUUUCUGCCUCGAAACUUUCAUGACCUACUAUAUUCUCAAGAAUCAUCAGAAGUCUUUCCAUGCCAUAGAUCAUAGACUUUCCAUCAGUAAAAAAACAGCCAAUGGAGGCCUGAAGCCUAGUGUCUAUCCAUAUAAACUUUACAGGCUACUGCCCAUGAAAUGCAAGAGGGCUCCUUACAAAAGCUACCGAAAUUCCUCCUAUGAAAGUGCCCGAGAAAACAGUCAGAUGAAUGAGUCUGCCUCUGGCCCCUAUGUUAUUCAGAAUCCACAUGGCUCUGAGUUACCGACGCUGAAUUUCCAGGACCGCAUCAACACCCUGACCAACAGUCCAGUCAUCCCCUUGGAAACUUCUGUACAUCAGGAGGUGCCCACCUCUGCCAAUGUACAGAACACAGAGGGGACCAAAUGGGGAGAGGAAUCGCUGAAAGUUGACCUCGAUAGUAACUUUUAUUCUGCCGAGGUGUCCGUCUCUUCUGCUGAGAAUGCUGGCAGCUCUGACACCCCGGCCGGGGACGUACCUGUCCCAUCUUUGAGUAACAGCAGCGAGAACGCAGCCUCUGUGAUCAGCUACGGUGGCUCAGCACCCUCGGUCAUCGUGCACAGUAGCCAGUUCUCAUCAGUGAUAAUGCACAGCAACGCUGUGGCCGCCAUGCCCAGCAGCAACCCCCGCGUCCCCUCUGAGCCGCCUGUCAGCCAGUCCCUGAAAGAUGACGGCAAACCUGAGCCCGACAAAGUGAGCAGAACGGUCAGCCGACCGAAGAGCAUCAAGGAGAAAAAGAAAACCAUGCCUGGUAACAAGGCAGAAGUAGCAGAGGAGUCCAAGUAUGGGGCCGAUCCUGGAGGGUCGGUGAGCAAAACUGCAAAUACGAAGGAAACCAGUAAAAUUGAAACCUACAUUGCCAAGCCCGCUCUGCCCGGAACCUCCACAAACAGCAAUGUCGCGCCCCUUUGCCAGAUCACAGUGAAGAUCGGAAACGAGGCCAUUGUGAAAAGGCACAUCCUUGGAUCCAAGCUGUUCUACAAAAGAGGAAGAAGACCCAAGUACCAGAUGGAGGAGGAGGCGUUGCCGCCAGAGAGUGACCCAGAAACCAACAGAGACAGCCCCCUCGGGCUCUGCCAGUCCGAGUGUAUGGAGAUGAAUGAGAUGUUUGACGACGCCAGUGACCAGGAUUCCACUGACAAGCCCUGGCGUCCUUACUACAACUACAAACCCAAGAAGAAAUCCAGACAGCUGAGGAAGAUGAGGAAGGUCAACUGGAAGAAAGAAUACGAAAACAGGAGCCCAAGUGCUAAGUGCAGAUACCCGGCAGAACUGGACUGUGCCGUGGGGAAGGCUCCUCAGGAGAAGGCCUUUGAGGAAGAAGAAACCAAGGAGAUGCCCAAGUUGCAGUGUGAGCUCUGUGAUGGGGACAAAGCCUCAGGGGCCGGGAACCAAGGGAGGCCCCACCGGCACCUCACUGCUCGGCCUUACGCCUGUGAGUUCUGCGCCAAGCAGUUCCAGAGCCCGUCCACCCUCAAGAUGCACAUGAGGUGUCACACCGGAGAGAAGCCGUACCAGUGCAAGACGUGCGGGCGGUGCUUCUCGGUGCAGGGCAACUUGCAGAAACAUGAACGCAUCCACCUGGGUGUGAAGGAGUUCAUCUGUCAGUACUGCAACAAGGCAUUCACGCUCAACGAGACCCUCAAGAUCCACGAAAGGAUCCACACAGGUGAGAAGCGCUACCGCUGUCAGUUCUGCUUCCAGAGCUUUUUGUACCUUUCCACAAAAAGGAAUCAUGAGCAGAGGCACAUUUGGGAGCAUGAUGGGAAGGGCUAUGCCUGCUUCCAGUGCCCCAAAAUUUGCAAAACAGCUGCUGCCCUUGGAAUGCACCAGAAGAAACACUUGUUCAAAAGUCCAAGUCAGCGGGAGAAAAUGGAAAGUGACAUGUGUCAGGAGAACUCAGACCCCCUGGAGAACCCACAUGUCCAUAACUCAGAAGACAGUGACCAAAAGGAUAACGUACAAACCAUUGUUGAAAAUGUCCUUUGAGUGGCAAUACUUAGAAAAGUCUUCAAAGAUAUAAGUUGGUGGCUGUGUUGUUUUGGGGUUGUGUUUUUGUUUCGUUUUUAGUUAGCUGUUUUCUUCUGUUGGUGGGUUUUUUUUUUGUUGUUGUUGAGUUUUGUUCACACAACAGUCAUAAGGAGUGAAACGUAAAAAAGAAAAUCUCAUUUGUGAAAAUUCCAGAAAAAGGAUCCUAAUAUCUAUUUUGGGUUUUAGCAUUAACUUCAUGCAAAGUGCACAAAAAUGAAAUAGCCGAAUCCUCCACUAUCCCAAGAAUCUUAUGGAAGUUUAUGAAGUUCUUAGCUGUGGUAUUUCUGCCAGUGGGGGGGUGGGGAAGAGUCUAAUGUUAGCCUAAUUUACAACAUUCUAGUAAGUGCUGAUAGCAACUGGCUGCUAAGCUCUCUUUAGUCACUGGAGAAAAUGAGGGUCAGAUAUCAUGAAAACAUCAUCUUCAUAAAUAUGUUAGAAGAUAAAUGAGCUAUUAUAGUCAUUUUUCCCAUUCAGCUUUUGUGCUUUAAAAAAUUGUUUAAAUUAGUGAAUAUAUAUGAAAUAUUUAAUAUUAUAGCUGAAAAUAUGUGUGAAAUUGAGUAACCUAAGUAGGACGUUCAUUAUGUAGAACUACUUUUCUGCAACACAAACCUUGUAAAGUGCAUAUAUAAAUCACUAUGACUUUUAACUGUCCAUGUCCCCUGUAGAGAAUUCUCAUGACAAGCAAUAGAUCUGCAAAUAAUGAGGAACUGUUGGAAAAAUCAGUAGAAUAAGCAUCUUGAAUCUGAUUUAAGAG